CAGGUUGGCGUAGGGGCUCCCCAGGUGGCGUCGGCCGGCUUCCAGGUUGGCGUAGGGGCUCCCCAGGUGGCGUCGGCCGGCUUCCAGGUUGGCGUAGGGGCUCCCCAGGUGGCGUCGGCCGGCUUCCAGGUUGGCGUAGGGGCUCCCCAGGUGGCCUCGGCCGGCUACCUGAGCAAGCAAGUUGCUCCUGCUCUGGUUAAAUCUGUGACUGGAAUGCAAGUGAACCCUGAUAGUGUGAGGGUUGUAUGUGGGGAGGAUUCGGUUAUGGUGGAUGUGCUACGAGACCUUCUAGCUAUUGGCCAGCUGAUCAAUGCUUCAGACAUCACUUUUGGUGGCUGUGCACCCAUUGGGCAGGAUGCUUCUGGCACAGUGAGGUUUCAGUCUGUGCUGCAGGGCUGUGGAAGUACACUGAUGAUGACUGCUGAUGCCCUGGUUUACAGCUUUGCAUUGAUCUACACCCCCAGUGGUAUUAAUGGCAGCCCCAUUGUGAGGACCAAUGGUGCUGUGGUUGGCAUUGAGUGUCACUAUUUGAGGAAACAAAAUGUGAGCAGCAAUGCCCUGGUGCCAACAUGGAUCCCCUACUAUGCCACAAUGGUGGCUGAGGCACAACUGAAUUUCUCACUGAGGCUGAUGGAUGAUGCAUGGCAGAAUGAGAGGGCCUCCAACGUGUACUUCCUGGGAAGUGUCCUGAACAUUGAAGCCUCUGUCCUUGUGGGCAACGGUCAGCCCCUGCGUGUCUUUGUGGACAGCUGUGUGGCCACCUUGGUCCCUGAUGUGACCUCUGUCCCAAGCUAUGCCAUUGUGCAGAACUCUGGGUGCCUGACUGAUGCCAAGGUGACAGGAUCCCGCUCCCAGUUCCUGCCCAGGAAGCAGGAUGACAAGCUGCAGCUUCAGCUGGAUGCUUUCAGGUUCUCUCAGGAUGGCAGGAGCUCGCUGUACAUUACUUGCAGCCUGAGAGCAACAGUGGCUUCUGUGCCUGUGGAUUCCCAACACAAGGCUUGUUCCUUCUCUCUCACUGCUAACAGGUGGGUGUCUGUGGAUGGGAAUGACCAGGUGUGUGGCUGCUGUGACACCAGCUGUGGGCUUGCAGUGGGCAGAGCUGUUAGCACUCAGACUGUGAAACUGGAUAACAUCAUGGAGAAGCUCACAGCUUUGCAAAACUUAUUGGAUGGCAGAGACCAGCGUGGACAUUAGCGUGGACAUUAGUGGAGCUGGAAAUUACAGCUUCUCGUACGGAAACCCAAACAACCCUAUUCUAUCAGGUUUUGGCUCCCCCCAAUCAGCACUGGCCUCGGCCAAGGCCGCUGCUGAACUAACAACUCCCCCUGAAGAACAAGGCAGUGAGACUCUCUUGCAUUCCUCUCCCCCGAUCCCAAGGACUUACCGCACCCUCCCCCCCAUCCAACGCCUUCGCCGCUUCAUACCCCCAGCGUGAACAGGCGGGUCUGUUGACCAGCGCC